AUCCCUUUCAACUCCGCACGGAAACAAUGACCAUGAUUACCUUGUGGUGUGCUGUUGCCGGGCUGGUAGCGGUUGGCCAUGCCUCGCCCGGGAAGCGCGCGUCCGACGCCUCCGCGUAUGCUUCCAAUUCAGCAGGCAAUUACAAGCUCACGUCGAUUGCUGCUCCAGUCCAGGGCAGUGGGAGCCCCGGCUCCGAGUCCACCUGGAAGCUAUCCAUUGAUGAUACAUCGUCUGGCCACAAGCAAUCGAUCACGGGCUUUGGGGCAGCGGUCACCGAUGCGACGGUCACCUCGUUCAACACGUUGUCGAGCUCGACCCUCCAGCAGCUCCUGAAUGAGCUGAUGACCUCCGAUGGUGCGAAUUUCGCGCUGAUGCGCCAUUCCAUCGGCGCGUCCGAUUUGUCUGGUGACCCCGCAUACACUUACGAUGACAAUGGAGGGAGUGUCGACACAUCACUGUCCAGUUUCAAUUUGGGCGAUCGCGGAACUGCCAUGGCCAAAAUGCUGGCCACGAUGAAAUCGCUGCAGUCAAGCCUGAAGGUGCUAGGCACCCCGUGGAGUGCUCCGGGCUGGAUGAAGUUGAAUGGUGAAAUUGAUGGCAGCACGACGAACAAUAAUCUGAACGAUGGCUACCUCACCAGUGGUGGUACGGGAAGCACAGGCUACUCCAGUGAAUUUGCUCAGUACUUUGUGAAGUACAUUGAGGCGUACGAAGACCUGGGGGCUACGAUUGAUGCCAUCACCAUUCAGAAUGAGCCCCUGAAUAGCCAGGCUGGGUAUCCUACCAUGUACGUCUACGACUACGAGUCUGCGCAGUUGAUCCAAAACUACGUUGGGCCAGCUCUCGCCGACGCAGGCUUGGAUACCGAGAUUUGGGCGUACGAUCACAAUACCGAUGUGACAUCUUACCCCCAGACUGUGCUCAACGAAGCGAGUCAGUAUGUUGACACUGUCGCCUGGCACUGCUACGCCACGGAUGUCGACUGGACGGUUCUUAGCCAGUUCUACAGCUCGAACCCCGGGGUCAAGCAAUACAUGACUGAGUGCUGGACCCCAGCCUCCGGGACAUGGCAUCAGGCUGCUGAUUUCACUAUUGGCCCCCUGCAGAACUAUGCUUCGGGCGUUAUUGCCUGGACACUCGGCACCAACACUAACGAUGGACCCCACUUGACGACGGGUGGAUGCGAUACCUGCCAGGGCUUGGUCACCAUCAACGACGAUGACAGCUACACGCUCAAUACCGCUUACUAUAUGAUGGCGCAGUUCAGCAAGUUCAUGCCUCCUGGUGCGACCGUACUGAGCGGCAGCGGUAGCUAUACCUAUUCGAGUGGUGAAGGGCUCCAGUCGGUGGCUUCUUUGAACCCGGAUGGAACGCGCACGGUUGUCAUUGAAAAUAUGUUCAGCAAUGACAUCUAUGUGUCUCUUUCCACUGAGAGCGGGGAGGAAUGGAGUGGAAACAUUCCCAGUGAAUCUGUGACCACCUGGGUCCUCCCGGCUUCAUCUUGAUUGGGUGCACAGUGUGUUUCUGAGAUAAGAACACGGCAACAUCCUUGUACAGUGAUAAUG